AUGAGGCGAAGUGCAAUUUGCGCCAGCCUUCCGUCCUGUGUAGCUGUGAUAGCGAUGGUGCUGUGUGUAAGUGAACUGGUUUCUUCAGCCAUGGCCAGCAACAGCUUCAUCCGGUGUGGAGAGUGUGACGAGGCCAGGUGUCCCGAGUUGCAUUACUGCGAGGGCCAGGCUAUCAAGGAUCACUGCGGCUGCUGCACCGUCUGCUCUUCCUCCAAGUUCCAGCCACACAUCAUGAUUGAACAGCAGGCCGAAG